UCCGCCCUUUUACCAUAUCUUUAUUAGACCGUUGGAAACUCAAAUCUUUUAAAGAUACAACUUCUUUCAAGAAAUUUUACAUUCAAUCAAUACUGCCAAAGCUUCAAAAAUCCUCCAUCAAUGGCAGAGAUUAAUGGCUUUCUUCUUCAACGAAACCAUAUUCUACAAUACACCGUUCUUGAUUCCAAAUCACUGCUUCUCUCCCAAUUUUCUGAUUCUGACCAACCACAGCUACUCCAACUAACAACUGACAGCUUCGUUAUGGAGAGAGGUCCCAGAUAUAAAGAAUACUCGGAUCUCAGAGAAAAAAGGUUAAGAAAAAGGAGCGUGAUCGAGCCGAAAAUUCCGAGAAAAGAAGAACAUGUACUGACACCGGCAAAGAAGCAGGUUAAAUUCCCAGGGAAGUCGAAUUUCACCACACCACCAAAAAGGACUAAAGGGUCUUCAAUUUUGACUCAAUCUGUGCCCGAUUUUUCAUCUGCCUUGAGGAAGGAGAAUCGGAAACCGCCAUCAAUGCUGACACCGGUGGCGGAGAAGUCCUUGACACCACCAGCAGGGGCAAAGAGUGGGGGGCUUUAUGGGAAAUUGGGAGGAGGGAGUAAGUCGGCGAAUUCCGGUGAGAAGAGGAGUGGUGGAGUUAUGACCAGGAAGAGCCAUGCUAGUAUUGGGGAAUUGAAAGGAUUGGGGACCGCUGCUAAUAGUGCUACCAAUGAAGGAAACAGAGGAGGGAGAAUUGGUAGGACUCUUUUUGGGCAAAGACAGUUCUGAGAUUGCAAAAUUAGGAUUUUCUUAAUGGGAGAACUACUGAUAUUUCUCUCAAGAUCGACUUUAUUUGGUUUAAUCUCGAGCAUUGGAUUCUUAAUAUUUUUUAUUCAUUACUUCUGUUAUAGGUAUUUUCAUUUGUAAAGAGUGGAAUAUGUUUUUGAAUAAAAAAUUGAAUUGAUGAAUCUUUUUUCUUCUA